AUGGGGACAAGAGGUCAAUCGAGUGCAAUGAGCCAAGAGACAAGAGACCCAAGGCUUGAUGCAAUCAUUCAGACACUGCAGGAGAUAGGAAAUUUGAUGGGAAGGCAGGCUCAAGAGAGGGCUGCCAAUAUUGCCCAAGCUGCUGAGGCCGCAGCAACUGCUGCUGUUAAUGGGAAUCAAGCCAACCAAGGGCAGGCUCAAGCGGCUAUGAAUAGACAGAUGCAACGACUAGUGGAGCAGUUCUUGAAGUUAAAGCCACCGAAGUUCGACGAAAAGGGUGACCCCGAGGCCGCGCUACGUUGGGUAGAAGAACUGGAGAAGGCCUUUGAAGUUCUGGGGUGCACCGAAGCUGAGAAUGUGACUUUGGCGGUGUAUCAGUUGCAGGAGAAUGCUAGUGAUUGGUGGAAGGCCACCAGGGGGAGAGUGUUCCCUAAAGGUACCGCCCAGACUUGGGUUGUGUUCACUGAGAACUUCUAUGGGAAGUAUUUCUCCGAGAGUACCAGGAAAAGGAAAUUAGCGGAGUUCAUGAGGCUUCGCCAAGGAUCGAUGACAGUGGAUCAAUAUAAGGCGGAAUUCGCAAGGCUAUCGAAGUUCGCACCAAGAAUGGUGGAGGACCCACAAGAUAAGGUUCGAAGGUUCCGGGAUGGGCUGAAGCUGGACCUUCGAAGCCAGAUGAUCUCGCUGAAUAUCCGGGAUUAUGGAGAAAUGUAUGAGCGAGCGCAGGCAAUAGAACGGGAUCAAGUGGAUAGGGCUGCCGCUUCUGGAUCACGGUUUGCCUCGGCUAAGGACAACCGCCGCUUCGAGAAGAGGCCGAUGGCAGGAAACAGGCGUUUUGUCCCUCCCGUAAAGAAAAACAUCGGGAAGCCGAACAAUUCUUAG